CGCCCUGAAGAUUUCACCUCCUCCUCGUCCUCCAUCCUGGGAACGCGACCUGCAACCCUGCCGUCGGCAGCAUGGAAUUCUACUCUCCUCAGCUGCCGCGUCGCCACAACCCAGUGGACAGCAUGUGCCGAAAACUGCAGGCCAUCCAGUGGCGCGGUGACCGAGAGCCUCAUUCACCUUUCCAGAUUCCCAAACUGUCCUCCAGCACUUACGACAGCCUGCAGUGUGGCCUCCAGCACAAUUUGGAAGCCAUCCUGAAGAAAGAAGGCCCCCAUGGACAAGGAGCAGCGCGGGAGAGAAGGACUCCCACCUCUGAAGCUCCUCUGAGGGGCAGCAUGGCUCAGUCUGUCCCCCUUUCCAUCCCGUCCACUCCCAAACCAGCAAACAUUACAUACACCAUAACUGGCACACUAGGAGAGCGACAAGGGGCUGAUGGGAGCGAUGCACGACAGAGUAAGUCCUUGCAGUGUUGUUCAACGCCAACAGGCUGGUCCAAGGACACCCCUUUCUUCAGGUUCACACAAGGAUCCCAGAUGGUACAGUCUGAAAGCAUAAACCAGAGCAGGAGCCCCCCGCGGACUCGCACCUUCUCCUACAAUCUCAACUUCUGCGUGGCGGACUCGGGAAGCUCGAUGGCAUCUGACCUGCCCUAUCCGGCGCUGGUUGUCAAAAGGCUGUCAUUGGGAGAUGGAGGCUCCACGCUACCCUGCGAAACCAAGGAGAAUAUGGCAGAAGUCAGUCUGAUCUGUGAGGAGGAUCUGCUCGAUACCAUUUUCCAUGCGUGCGACACGCAGCGCCGAGGUAAGGUGUAUGUGUCGCGCAUCGUGGACUACCUGCGACACACCACCAGUCGAACCACAGAAGACAGUGGACUGGAGGAGCUUUGUAACAUGCUGGACCCAGAACGUAAAGACGUCUCCAUUGACCUGGACACUUAUCAUGCCAUCAUGAAGGAAUGGAUCGAAGACUGCCGCAACAACGGGAAUGAACCAGCAGAUGAUGUGACUCGGGACUCGUUCAGACUCGGAGAUGCCCUGUCUGUCAAAAGGUCCAUGCUGCUCAACAUGACCUCUGGAAGCCUGGAGGCCUUUGGAGGAGAGGCAUCCAGAUUAGAGUUUGAAACAUCAGAGCUGGUGCACUGUGUUGCCGAUCUUCAGCUGAGCAACCGAAAGCUGGAGGAGGAAGUAAAGAAGCUAAAGCAGGUGGUGGAGAGCAUGGAGGACAACAACCAGAAGCUGGCCGAGGAGAACGAGGAGCUCCGCAACCAGGCCCAAGUGAACCAGCAGCUCAGCCAGAAACAGAAGAUGCUAAAGGAGGAGGUGGAGGAGAUGAAAGCGACUCUGAGCUGCACAGAGGAAGGUCGAGCGCGUGCAUCUGCGCACAGCAAGCACGUGGAGCGAGAAAACCAGAGUCUUGUUGCCAAGAUUGCGUCUCUUCAGGAGGAGAACUUCAAAGUCACCAUGGAGACGGACGAGCUUCAGAAGAGAAUAGCAGAGCUGUGUGACAUCAACGCUGACCUUCAGGUGCAGAUUGACUCCUUUGAUGCCAUUAUCAGUGAAAAGGAAGUGCAGAUUCUCGAGAAGCACGAGCAGAUCGAGGAGUUGAAGGCAGCGGUGGAGGAGUACUCUUCUGUCACAGAGCUCCUGAGGGCAGACAAGACCAAGCUGGAGAACCAGAUGCAGAUGAUUCACCCAGACCUGGCGGGAGCUGAUGGACUGACCCUGUCCGUAGCCUAUAGACUGAACCAGUCCGACUCAGGGUCCCUGCAGACAGAACUGGCUCUGGCACAGUCACCACUAGAGGUCCACCCCAGAGUUGAUCAUUUGGCCUCCACGCUGCGCUUUGCCUCCCCGUUGGAUGAGACCCUGGACAGGGAGGUGCUGCUGCUCCUGCAGGGGCCCAGCCAUGAACAUGCAACUCUGCAGUUCAAAACCCUCUUAAGCAAACUGAAAAAGAAUUUCAAAGAAGACACAGACUCCAUCCUGUCUUCAGUUCGAGGCCUGCUCGAUGACCACACACAGCCAGCGGGUGACACAGACAAAAGUCUUCAGACGGUGCAGGCUCAGCUGGAGGUGAGGCGGGCCAACUGGACUCUCAGCCUGGACACGCUGGCCCAGCACACAGAAUCCAUGGAGAAGGAGUUGAUUAAAAUGGCCAGUAACAUGAGGAGGUCCCGCACGGAGAUUCUCCACCUGUCGGUCAGAGUGCAGGAGCAGGAGAACCAGAAGCGGCAGAUGUAUGAGGAGCUGGAGCAGCUAAAAGCUCCUCAGGAUAGCAGAGAGGCUUCGUGCCAGAUGCCUGCAACAGAGGACAAGCUUAGAGAAGAUUUGGACUUGGACGAGGAGUUCGCUCUCCAGGAUUUCCUGAAAAGCGAACAGGCAGAAAGAAACUGCUGCGUGCACGAGGUGCAGGCAGACAGCAGGCUUGAAGACACUAAAGAUAAAAUGAGAGACAGCUUUGAAGAGGACAAGUGGGUGACUGUGGAUGCUGGAGAAGGGAAAGACACAUCUACACCUCUACCUCCAGACGUAGGAGAGGAUCAGUCUGGACAGGGUCAAGAAUCUGCAGCCUGUGAUGACACAGAGCCGGAGGUGAACUGUCAGCCUUUGGAGGAAGAAGCGGUAGUGCCGCUGAGCGCCCACUCACAAGCUGUCAACGUUGGACACACGGAGGCGGACGUUCUCCCUGAUCCGUCCCACUCGGAGAACAACAGUGCAGAUUUAAAUAAGACUUCACAGUCUUGUCCUGGAAGUCCAUCCCAAAGUGUGAGCAGAUCAUCUGAACAAGACCAAACUUUCACACCUGGUCUCGGCCCUCAAACAGCGGAGAUGGUUCCUGCUGAACGCACGCCUCCUGGAUCCGAAGUGGCAGUUACAAAGAGUGAGAGCCUGCAGCCGAUCAGAGAAGACUGCAAAGGACGAGGAGCAGAAGAGAAAGCGGGACAGGCCAAGUCGAGCCCUGGAGUCAUGAACCGCAGUAAGCGACUGAGUCAGGACCAGUCAGACAGCUCAGCAGCAGAGGAGAGCACAAGCCUUCUGCCCGUGUUGGAGGAAGAAGGUUUGCAGGACGGCACCACUGAGGCUCCAUCAGUCACGAAGAGCAUGGCAGGUACAAACCAGCUCACCAACAGCGGAAUGAGCAGCUCUCCUCACUCUGCACAAAAAACGUCCUUUUCUCAUGCCGCUCAAUCAGGGACCAGCAAGACCAACCUCCUGCUCAAUAGCAAAAAGGAACUGGAGUUCUCGCGCACAGUCGCAGCCGCUGCAGAGCACAAAGUUCCGGUGGAGCAAAGCGAGACGAGCACAGCGGCCGAGAAGGAAUCUGAGACGUCUGUGGUUUCUGACACUGAUGACAGCUUCAGCGAGGACCGGAGCAGCCUGUCGCCCACUGACAAGGAGGUUGAGGAAGAGUUCCAGCAUCUGGCACUGGGCUUCAAAUGCGACAUGUUCACCCUGGAGAAAAGACUUCGGCUGGAGGAAAGGUCACGUGACCUAGCGGAGGAGAAUGUCCGCCGGGAGGUGUCCAGCUGCCAGGGCUUGCUGCAGGCACUCAUCCCUCUGUGUGAGGAUGACAACCAGUCCAUGGAGAUCAUCCAGCGGCUCCAAAAGAACCUGGACAUCCUCAUCCAGUCCAUGACCAGGGUGUCGAGUCGCUCCGAGAUGCUGGGAGCCAUUCACCAGGAGAGUCGCAUCGGGAAGGCGGUGGAGGUGAUGAUCCAACACGUGGAGAACCUGAGGAGGAUGUACACCAAGGAGCACGCUGAGCUGCUGGAGCUGCGGGAGACGCUCAUGCAGAACGAGAGGUCGUUCGGAUCCCAAACCGAAAGAGAUGACUUCCGUGGAAAGAAGCAGUCGACAGCACAGUAUUACAAGUCUACAGGCCGACGGGUCAGCAUAGCGGCGAUCCCUCGCGGAGGAAACGUGCACUUUGACACGGAUGGCUUCAGUGCUGAACCUGAGAGACUGAACCGGCGGUCAUGGAACGCGGCAGGGAAGAGCGUGGCGCGCCCUCCGCUGAAACGCUUUGUUAGCUCUGCUGCCUGGGUCGACGCCGAAGAGCCCUCUUACGUGACGACGGGGAGUGAGUACGUCCACUGUCACUCAACAUCCAGGGAGCUGGGGGAGGAGCCGACGAUGGCGAGGAGGCGGUCCAGUCUCAUGGAGCUCGGCCACAAAUUCGUCUCCCUCAUUCUGCCCCAAAAGACGAGUGAUGUCUGUCGCUCAACACACGGGCAGCUGGGGGAGGAGCCGGAGACGCCGAGGAGGCGGUCCAGUCUCACAGAGCUGGGCAACAAACUUGUCUCCCUCGUUCUGCCCCAAAAGACUCCGAGCGCGUCAUCCAGCCCGUCGACAGCCGAGCCAGUAGUGGCCCAUUCUCUGUCCCAGAGCCUCAGCACUUACCGAGCCGCUGCAGCGUUAGCCCAAAGUGGGAGGGGCCUCUGGCUUUGGUUGGCCAUCGUGGUGCUCCUAGCAGGCCUCCUGGCACUGCUGGCUAGUCUGGUGAUGCAGCCCACAGUAGACGCCUCCCCUGUGACAACCAGGGACUCCUGGGUGACCAUCCAGCAGCUGCUCUGGCCCUACAUCGGGCUGCAGCAUAACGGACAGCCCCCCGUCUAAUCCCCUGAGAGCUGGAGGCGCAUGGUGCCACUGCCCUUCAGACCUUUGCAGAGACAAUCGAUGCACUGAGACACUGAAGAUUGUGGUGAAGAGAGAAGACUGUACCACUGCUGAGCAGGAUGUUUACUGGUGCCUGAAGUUCUUCUUCGACAAAUGUAUGUUGGCUGAACAGGUCAGACCUUGAGAGGAUCAUUAACCCUAUAGAGGAUUUUAUGCAUCACCACUGUUUGCUGAAGUAGUUUGUGUUUGUGUAACUAUUGUCUGAGAGAGAGGAGGCUGGUAAAGUUGGUCAUGAAUGCUGUUGGGCUGCUCAACAUCCUGAACACUUCAGGUUUUCAAAAAAUCAGGCGUUUCCAGUAAUUGGACACAUAAUGUUAGAAGUUGAUCAGAAUAAUGGCCAUAACAUUACGUGACUUUUUAAAAUCACAUUUCAAGCACUUAAGGUCACAAGAGACUGUUUGCUUUUGUAAUGCAAUUGAUUUUCAUUCAUUUCCCUCAGUGUUGCUGAGGAUUUUUUUAAAGAUGUAAAACACUGAUAAUAAACCUUAAUUUUAAGCAUUUAAAAUGCUCUAUUUAUGAAUAUUAGUUUUGAGUGAGUGCAACAUGAAUGUUUAAGUUAAGAAUCUAUAUUGUUGUGUUCUUAACACCAAAUGAUUUUUAAUUUUUCUCGACUUCUUGCUGUGGUUGUCAGUUUUCAACUCUUUUUCUACUGUAUGUUCCAGUGAAAAUACAUGAAACUUUUUGCACAAAUAAAGUAGCUAAUUCUCA